GGAUAUCACGCUCAUCCGUCGUCGUAUUCCCCCAGCACAACGUGUAAGCGCACACACACACACGCACACAAACACACACAUAACUAUGUCAGGCAGAGGCAGAGGUGCACCCAGGGGUCGUGGUGGUCCAUCACGUGGUCGUGGAGGUGAUCGCGGCGGCCGUGGCGGUCGUGGCGGAGGUGACCGUGGCGGUCGUGGCGGAGGUGACCGUGGCGGUCGUGGCGGUCGUGGCGGCGGCAGAGGACGUGGGGGGGCUGGUAAGCCCAUGGGUAGGGGAGCCAAGGUAGUAGUUGAGCCGCAUCGCUUCAAGGGUGUGUUUGUGGCACGUGGUAAGGACGAUGCAUUGCUGACUAAGAACUCGACCCCCGGCGAGAGUGUGUACGGUGAAAAGCGUAUCUCGACUGAGGUGGACGGGGAGAAGGUAGAGUACAGAGUCUGGAACCCUUUCCGCAGUAAGUUGGGCGCUGCAGUCCUGGGUGGAGUAGAUAACUUAUAUAUGGAGCCUGGAUCCAAGGUCUUAUAUUUGGGUGCCGCUUCUGGUACAUCAGUGUCACACGUGUCCGACAUUGUUGGUCCGGAGGGGUGUGUAUACGCCGUAGAGUUCUCACACAGAUCAGGACGUGAUCUCCUGAACUGUGCGAAGAAACGCACAAACAUCAUUCCCAUCAUCGAAGAUGCGAGACACCCUCACAAAUACCGCAUGCUGGUUGGCAUGGUGGAUUGUGUGUUCGCUGAUGUGGCUCAGCCCGAUCAGGCGCGUAUCGUUGGUAUCAACUCGCAAAACUUUUUGAAGACCGGUGGGCACUUCGUCAUUUCAAUCAAGGCCAACUGUAUCGACUCAACUGUAGAGGCCGAGAAGGUGUUCGCGUCAGAGGUACAAAAACUGAGGGAGAUGGACUUAAAGCCCGAAGAACAGUUAACGCUAGAGCCGUACGAGAGGGACCACGCCGUGGUUAUUGGCACAUACAGAAAGCAAAAGUAGACGUGUUUUGUAUGUAACAUACUUACGGAUGCUGGUCACGUUUAAAAUAAGUUUAAGACGGGCGUUCAAUAUAGCUGCAUGGAAUUAGAACAUUUAAGUAUUCGGUGGUGAUGGUGUGAUGAAGAUGAGAGGAAGAGUUAGGGACAUCUAUGCUGAGCGAUGGGGUUGUACAAAGGGACAUAUGAAGUAAAGGAAUGAAAAAUAUUAUAUCAGCACUAGCGCUGUGAUUAAACCAGGUCUGUGGCGUUACACACCCUUUUACUGACAUCUAUCUGUUGGUGUGGCCGAGUGGAGUCC